AACGGUUAAAUGAUUCCUUUUAUUGCAAUACCUGACAUAAAAUUGCUUCGUGCGAUUAACCUCUUCAAACAAGCAGCCUGGCUAAGCUAGCUCGUUAGCUAACUAACCGCUAGCUCCUGUAGAGGUUGGACGGCUUCAGUUGAGACGUGAUGGAUGUCCUGAUUCACCUGGACCAGGAGAAUGGAGCUCUCACCGCUCCGGCCAGCAGAUCUCGCCAGAGACUCCAGUCCGCGCCCGAGCCGUGUCUGAAAACGCCGCUGGCGGUAAAGACGCGUCUUGGAGCUCCCGCACAGUCGGCCCGCAAAGCUCUGGGAACAGUAAACAAAGCUGUAGCCACCCCGGCAGCGGCACACAAAUCUGAAGUGCGGCGGAAACCCCUUGAAGCCCAGUGUAAAGUACCCCCUCAGCCUGCUCGUGAGGACUAUCCAGAGAUUGAGACGUGCUUCCCUUACAACCCAAGUGAUUUUGAAUCGUACAGCGUACCGGAGGAGGUCUGUCUGAGCCGCUUCUCGUUAGCUGGUUUGGGAAGAUUGCAGUGGUCUCUAGCAUUGCCUGAAGAGGAUAUGAUUGUUCCAGAAUUGCCACCAUCUCCUCUUAAACUUCCUUCAGAGGACUGCAGAGAUGACCGGGAAGCAUUCCUGGAAACGAUCAAGGAGCUGACUGUGGACUUGCCUCCUGAGUGGGACUAAGGCUCAGUGUCUCUCAUUGUCUUGAUAUUUUCUUUUUAAAUAAAAGUUCUGUUGGGUUUUAA